AUGGCGCCGCAAUCUACUUCGAAGCAGCGACAUUCGGCCUCAAGAGCAGUGCCAAAUGGUGGUCUCGGUGGAUUUAUAUGCUCCGAUCCAGCUGGCAGUACUGAAGCAUUGGUGGCGACCAAUGCAAAUUUUGUACAAGCCACUACCAUCGGCAAACGAAAACAGAAGCCUCCACCGAUUCUUACUUCUCGUAGCACGCCAGACUUAUCGACUCCUUCUAUCAAGACUUCAGCAGGGCCGAUGUUGGAGUAUGUGUGGCCAUGGACUCCGAAGACGCCAAAAGAUCGCACUUGGCUGAAGUCACAUCCUGAAGAGGAUGUGAAUACACGGCUAUCAGUAGUGACCCAGAAAGAUUCUACGGUACAAAGUGAUUUUUAUCGGUCACCGCCAGAGACACCACUCACUCUGAGGUCUUCACUACCGAUAGAACUGCCUGGCUCCCUGCUGCUUCCAAGUCAAGGAUUUCCGCAGACAGAUCCCAUAUCACCGCCGCCUUCACUUUGUCUAAUCCGCCGAGACACGCAAGAUUCAACGAUCAGUUCUGUUCCUACUCUGUCAACGUCGGCCUCAAGCAAUGAUAUCACAAUGGACACGCUACGAAACCUGACAACCUCGUCGAGAAGGAACGACCAAAGCAUCAUGCCUUCUUACACCAUUGGCAAUCGUAAUGCGCAAGAACCUCGAAUCACAAAACCCUUCACUGCCAUGACCGUCGAGGAGUUACUGGACUAUCUUCUACAAUGCAAGAAUAACGCAACGGUGAAGGAUCUGUGGCUACCGGCAAUGCGGAACCAUGUCGACAAGAUGGCGGAAUUGAUACUGGACGCUACCGAGAUCAAGGUUGAUGACGGCCUCUAUCAAAUCAACAUCAGUCAGGACUUGAAUGAUUUCGCUCACGAAAUCCGACUCCUGUCAAAUUCUUUUCGAAAAAUCGUCGAGUCGGCAGAAUCGCUUGCCGAACGAGAUAGCAGGAUCUCUCAUGAACGCCUCGAAGCGCUUGAAGCUCAAAACAAGGAUGUUUCGACGAAGAUGCAUGCCAAACAGAAAGUCGUCGAUAGACAAAGCAGGAUGAUAGAAGAGCUCAACCAUACCAUUUGUGAUAUCGUUCGAGUCUUGGGCGCCUUUAUUGAGACCAAUGUCCCACGCUGGAUCGACACUGUGGAAGACCCCAGAACGCAGGAAGUUCUUCAAUUAGUAUCGGAUUACACUUCUCGCGGAGAUGACAGAACAGUCCCUUACUUUCGUGUUCCUGAAGCCACAAUCUCAAAGUAUGCACAAGGUCUGCAUGAAGCCCACACAGUUGUGAGCGAGUACCGCAAAAUGCUGCAUGGACAGGUCGCCAUGAUCCGUGAGCAGUCACACAGUCUUGAUGCAUAUACAAGCAAAUACGAGGGUGCCGUACGCUUAAUGAAACAGCGCGAUCAUGAAAUGGUGAUGCUUAUACAACAAAAUCAGGAUAUGACGAAAGAGUUGGAGAAUACAAAAUCUGCUCUCGCUCAAAGCCAGCUUGCUAAUGUCGAGCAGGAAGACCUGGCUCAGCUUUACGAAGAGCUACGCGUUGAGAUGAGCACUCUCAAAAUUGAACACAGGAUGGAACUGGAGAAACGCGAGAUCGAAAUCGGCAAGCUCCAACAGAAGCUGGGUAGUGCUCGAGAAGAAGUGAUUGCGAGAAGGGAAGAUGUCAAGAAUAUCAUGUCUCAGACACGCGCCGUACUUGAGUCUACACGUCAGCCAGAACCAAUCUUGCGAAGCAGCAACGCAUCCAAGGCACUAAGAUUUCUGGGAAUGGAGCGUGAAAAAGAUAAAUCGAAGUCUACCUCAUCUUUGGCUUCCAGCCGGAGCUUGAUGUCGUUUCCGCCAGACACAGCCAACAUGCCGGCCGACUUGAGGUGUUCUUUCAAAGAGCAAGCUCCCCGACUCAGCAGACCUGUUGCCCAACAUGUAGGCUCUUUCGACCAGCCUUUCCAUGCUCAAAACAGUCCGAAUGCGUAUACGACUAGUCAUCUUAACCUCGACGACGCGAAUCCACCUUCUGCCCGUCCCAGAGCCGGGUCAUUGAGUACACUGCAAAACUACGCGAUGUCUCGAUUGCCUAUGGACACUGAGAAACUGUUACCUGAUCCCCCUGCACGGCCUGAACCACACCGAUUGUCAUCUGCACGGGUUGCAGACAUCACACAAUGCAUUGCAAGUCCGACAGCUGCACAAAUAGCCAGUGACUACUUCAAAAACAGUGUCCUUGGGCAAACAUCGGCACGUCGAGUGUUGAGCCACAUUCCAGAACUUUCGAUGAAGAAGCCACCAGAAACAAGUCCUCAGCAUGAUGAAGCGCGCGAUCAACGGCGUAAAUCUGACGACAGCGUUGCGAGUGCCGACCGAGAAAUGUAUCGACACAGCGUCUGUGCACUGGACAUGCUGAAUUCUAAUACUCUGCCGUACGAUGGGACUGAACACGAUUUGACCAAGUAUGCCCAGCACCGCCAAACCGAGGUGUCCCCUGGCCUGGAAUAUGAUGAGGACGCGGGCGUUAGCGAAAAGGCGCACUUCGAGACUGCAGUAGCAAAUCUGCACCAUAUCGGACCAGGGAGUGGCAACUUGCGAGCAGCACUGGGCAAUCGGCACAGGACCCUUGAGGUUGACAAUCAGGCCAGGAAAAGCAUGGUGUCCGAUACUUCUGAAUAUCAGACCUCAGAUUCGGAGCCUAUGACUGUCACUCAACUGUAUCAUGAAGGUGGGCGCCAUAUCCGCGGCUGAGUACUCUUGCAACAGAAGAAUU